GAAGCGCUGAUGUGAGGAAACUCUUUCUGGAUGUGGACAGUAAAAAGCAAACUUCCUUAUCCUGAUUGUGUUUGUCCUCUGUUUACUUGUAGCGGGAUAGAUGAAGAGAAGAUAUGGAGUUGAUAUACAAGGUUCUCGGCUUGGAGUGGAUAGAUGGCAAAAUUAUUUUAAUAUUUUUGACUGUUUCUCUACUGUUGACAGAUUUUCUGAAGAACAGAGUGCCAAAAAACUUUCCUCCUGGACCCUGGGCUCUUCCUUUCAUUGGUGACCUUCAUCGUAUCCAAUCUACCAGACUCCACCUGCAGUUAACAGAGUUUGCAGAGAAAUAUGGAAACAUUUUCAGCCUUCGACUCUUUGGUGGUAGGAUUGUGGUCGUUCAUGGCUACAAACUUGUGAAAGAAGCCCUGGUUCACCAAGGAGAAGACUUCGUGGAUCGCCCAAUUAUACCCUUAUUUGAAUCAAUUAUUGGGAAUAAAGGUCUUGUGAUGUCAAAUGGUUAUCCCUGGAAGCAACAGAGGAGAUUUGUUCUUCACACAUUCAGGAACUUUGGUCUGGGGAAGAAGACCCUGGAGUCAUCCAUCCAGCAGGAGUGCCAGUAUCUCACAGAGGCUUUCACAGAUCAGCAAGGCA